AUGAUUGUUCGCAUUUACGACGGCGACGACGGCGAAUCGCAUUUUGAAGACCUGACCGCCGACCAGUUUGCCGAUAUCGCCAACGAAGUUGGCCCCGGCGAUUUUACGGUCGGCCAGCGGCCUGCCGGAUGGUGGCAGGAUUACCACACCGCGCCCAGGCACCAGUAUGUCGUGUUCAUGUCGGGCGGCGCCGAGAUCGAGGUCGCCAGCGGGGCCAAGCGCCAGUUUGGCCCGGGCGAUGUCCUGGUUGCCGAGGACCUGACCGGCCACGGGCACAUCAUACGCAACGUCGGUGAAGAACCUCGCGUGUCCCUGGCAGUGCCUCUGAAGUGA